CAGAGGGAGUCAUAGCAUUAACACUUGAGUCGGCAAAGAAGUCAAGAUGGCAAAAGUCCCAGACCUAUUUGAAGACCUGAAGAAUUGUUACAGUGAAGGUGAAGAAUACAGUUCUGCUGUUGACUAUGUCUCUCUGAAUCAGAAAUCCUUCUAUGAAGCAACAUAUCAACCACUUAAUGAGAAUUGCAUGGAUAAACUUAUGUCUCAGAGCACCUCUGAAACCUCUAAGACAUCCAAGCUUACUCUCAAUGAUGGCUUGGUAGUGGUAGCAAAAUCGAGCAAUGGGAAGAUUCUGAAGAAGAGAUUGCUGAGUUUAAAUCAAACCCUCACUGAUGAUGACCUGGAGGCAAUUAACAAUGAUGAAAAAGAAGAAAUCAUUAGGCCCAGAUCAGCACCUCAUAUCUUCGAAAGCAAUGUAAAGUACAAAUAUAUGAAGACUGCUAAACAAGAGUUUGUCCUGAAUGAUGCCAUCAAUCAAAGUAUAAUCAGAGACACAUCGGGUCAAUAUCUCAGGGCUGCUUCAGUCAAUAAUUUAGACUAUGAAGUGAAAUUUGACAUGGGUGCCUACUUACCAAAAACAGAAGCUUCUAAAUUUCCUGUGACUCUAAGAAUCUCAAAAACUCGAUUGUUUGUGACUGCUCAAGAGGAAGACCAGCCUGUGUUGCUAAAGGAGAUGCCUGAAACACCAAAAACCAUCACAGGGAAUGAGAGCAACCUCCUCUUCUUUUGGGAAAAUCAGGGAACUAAGAACUACUUCACGUCAGCUGCCCAUCCAGAGCUAUUUAUUGCCACAAAUGAAGAAAGUCUGGUGCACAUGGCAAAAGGGCUACCCUCCAUCACAGACUUUCAGAUAUCAUAAAGCCAGCCUUAGCUCUCAAGUCCUCUCACUUGUGAAGUGUUGACCAUCUGUAUGUACCAUGUACAUGAAGAAGUCAAGUCAAAUUCAUUACUCUUAGUCAUUGGCUGAGCAUGUGCUGAGCCUUUGUAAUUCCAGAUGAAUGUUUACCCUCUUUGUAAGAGAACAAGGCCUAAUAGAACCAACACUAACAUAUAAUGUUGCUUGUUAUUUAAAGAACACCCUAUACUUUGUAUGGUACCAAUGAUUAUAAUUAUUAUUUUUCAAAGCAUUCUCACAGUUUAGUUCUACUGUGGCAACCAAAAGGACUCUACCCUUAUUACACAUGAGUUGUCUAAGGUGUAAGGAGACUAAAAAAUAUGAGAACAGUUGGAAAGAGAGGCCAUAAUUUCAUUCAACUGUGCACUUUUGCUUCUAAAUUACUAAUAGGCUCUUAAUCAAAUAAGUUAACUUUCCUGGACCUCAAUUUUCAAAAGAAACAGAUACUAACCAUUUAUAGUUCCUGCCUUAAUCAUUUUUUUAUGCCAGUGAGGUAAUUUUGUUAAAAAUACCUCUUGAAACUGAGCCUCAAGAUGAUAUACUAUGGAAUGUUAUUUUUAAAUAUUUAUAUAUGUGUGUAUUUAUAAAUAUAUUUAAGAUAAUUAUCAUGUUAUUAUAUUUAUGGAAGCUCCUUGCAUCCUCUAAGGGUUUCCAAGUAUUCUCAAUGGCAAAGUUUUCCAGGUUUGAGUGAAUUGGAUAUACUUAUACCAAGACACUGUAGGCCAGAUCAUGCUUUUCCUAUAACAAUCAGACUAUAUUCCAAUACUUGAAAUCUUUUACAUUGUGGUAAUAUAUUUGUGUUAGUUACUUUCUUUCACUCUUCUGCCUCUAAGUUUGCUGUAGCAUUCUUAAGUCAUUCAACUUGAACUGCAGUUAAUUCAAACUACCUAAAAUGGGAGGAACUAAACCCUAGAAAUAAUUGAGUCACUGUUACCUAAACUUUCUUUUCUGGAAUGUAAGUGAUAUUUCUUCUGAAUUCUGAAAGUUGUGAUCAAAUCAUAGUGUUACAUUAUAAUCAAUAAUGAUGACAAAUAUACUAUUGGCAAUCAUAAUUGGAUAAAAUUUGCAACAAAUCUGA